AGAAACAAAACAAGAGGACUUCAGGACGGAGAAGAGGACCAACAAGAGAAAACAAGGAUUAUUAUCUACAGUUAAAGGAGCACGAGGUCCAAAGUGAUGAGACGUACUUUGAGUUUUCUUUAAUAUUUUUGUGAAUAUUUUGCGCACAACGCUUGCGCACGUCUACUUGAAGCUGUUCAGCAAACACUGGGACGAAAUGGCACAUCUAUACCUAAGAUACCUCCUGGCUUUGGCCUUUGUCAAUAUGGUAAGUUUUCACCUGUCUUUGCUGAUUCAACAUCUCUAAAUUGUCUUUACGCACGGCGCGCCUGAUGAUUAUCUCUGUUCUCGCAGGUUUUGUCCUCUGGAGUGUUUGAGUUGAAGAUUCAUUCCUUCCACACGGCGCAGAGGAUCUGCAGAAGACACAGGGACUGUCAUAUAUUUUUCAGGAUUUGCCUAAAGCACCCGGAGGAUGUGAUCUCUGCAGAGCCGCCCUGCACCUUCGGCACCGGGCACACAAACGUCAUCAGAGCCGAUCACACAUCCAUAUCCAGCAGCGCACCAAUCAGAGUGCCCUUUCACUUCAAAUGGCCGGUAAGAGAAAAUCUAUUUACUGUUAGACUUAGUGUUGAUUCACAUGAAAGAUUUGCUUCUGAUGUCUAAUCUAGUGAAUCCCAGUGAGUAAAUAUCUGUGUUGAGUAAGCAUGUCCUUACGCGUCCUAAGCCACUAUAACGCGUGUUUUUUUCUGUUUUAGGGAACUUUUUCACUAAUAAUUGAAGCCUGGAAUGCCGAAUCACCAACUGAAUAUACAGGUAAGUUGUGUUUAUAUCGUACUAAUGCUAGUUAAACUUUUAGCCUCAUGAAGCAGAGACCCACUGAGGUCUCCAUCCGACGCAGCAGUCUUUACCCUGUGCCUCUCUCCCCCCCGCAGACAACCAAAACAACCUCGUAAGCCGCCUGGCGACCCGGAGGAGACUAGCCAUCGGAGAGGACUGGUCCCAGGAUGUCCACUUUGGUGAGCAGAGUGAGCUGCGUUACUCCUACCACGUCUUCUGCGACGAGUACUACUUUGGAGACGGCUGCGCGGAUUACUGCAGGCCGAGAGACGACACGCUGGGACACUACACCUGCGACGAAGAGGGGAACCGCAUCUGCCUGGAGGGCUGGAAGGGAAACUACUGCUCUGAACGUAAGUUUGCAUGACCUAGACUUCAAAUGUAGUUCUUUCCAAAAACUACCAAUUCUAUCAAAUGCAAGAAGAACCCUGAACACAAGUUAAAACAGGGAUACUAAAAGAAGCGAACAAGUUAAAAAACACAAAUAUAAUACCAGAUUAAAAAAUACAGCAAAUGGGUUUAAAUAAAAUCCUUAAUAAUUCAGCAAAUCUAGGGCAAUGAUUGUGGUGACCAAAAUAAUCCCCAAAUCACUAAAACAGGAUUAUAAUGAGUAAAAUUUACGAGAAGAAACCAAACACUAUCAGUUAAGUUAGCUUAAGCUUAGGAAAGCAAGAAGGAGCAGCUGCUCCAACUUAAUAAAUGCACUCAUCUACAUAUUAUCAUCAUAUUAUCAUCAUCUCCUUUGCAGUCAACAGCAAGAAGUCUGUUCAGCGAAGAGAUCAGCUCACAAAAGAAGUGUUUAUGAUGCUUCUAUUUUGAUAAUUCAAUCAUGUUAGGGAAAAAAAAGGCUCAAUUUCUGUUUUGUUAAAAAAAUGGCAUGGUUUUAUUUUGUAGAUUGUGAGUGGCCUGUGAAAGGAAGAAAAUAACUGUUGUUAUCAUUAUAAUACACUGGUGAUGGCCCUACGCUAGGCCUCUUUGCUGAUUGUAGUUACAAGGUUGUUCACCUGCAGAGGAAGUAAGUUAGGGUCAAACUGCAAAAAAUUUCCCUCAAUGACACAUGAACAGUUGAAUUUCUUGUUGUCCACAUAAUUAAUAAACUUGGUUGUACAGUAAGAUGGACAUAUCUAAUCUUAGUAAACAAACGAUUUCAUCUAUGAGCUUCAGAAACAGAGUUAAAAGGUGUUUAACAUCUCAAAUAAUCCAGCACAAGUUGAUAAUAACACCUACAAAAUGGAAGUUUUAUGGACAAAAAAGGAGUUCAACACCAAUAAAAAAGUAGAAAAAAAGUCACCUAAAUACCAAACUAAUGUAAACAUUUCUAAACAGUCCUAAACAUUUGUAAAAAGAUCUUAAAUUUGUUGUGUAAAACCUCCCCAACAGUUUUUUGUUCUCCUAAAUCUAGAAGCUUUGCCUAGGUUUGAGAAAUGAGGUGUUUUGAAACUCCUGCUCACUUGGAUCUCACACACAAAGACCUUGAACAGGACACUUUUCAUACCCUGAAAUAUGGUCUUUGUUGGGGUGAAGUCCUGUGGUAUUGUGUCCGUCUGUGCUGCUCCAUCUGCCUUUUGUUUGCUGCCACAAUGAGAGAAAAGCAUUGAUCUUCGUUACACUCACACAUACACAAUUUUCAAGGUGAUCUGUGUGUGUUUGUGUACAUGUCUAUGCCAUGUGUGUGUGUGUGUGUGUGUGUGUGUGUGUGUGUGUGUGUGUGUGUGUGUGUGUGUGUGUGUGUGUGUGUGUUAGAUAACCCCAGAAGAUAAAAGAAAGCGUUUCUCCGGCAGCGUGCUCACCAGCUGCUUGGCUUAAUACUUAACCAACAGUGAAGUCUGGAGUGGGGCUGGGGUCAGACAUGGGGAGGGGGGCCAUUUGUGUGUGUGAGACGAGCAGUGAAGGCGUGCCUAUUGUAAUCACACACCCUCCCUCUCUUCUGCAGCCAUCUGCUCAGCGGACUGCAGCGAGAGGCAUGGUUACUGCGAGGCCCCUGGGGGCUGUACGUGUCGUAUGGGCUGGCAGGGCCCCUCCUGCAAUGAGUGUGUCCGCUACCCAGGCUGCCUCCAUGGGACCUGCAGCCAGCCAUGGCAGUGUAAUUGUCAGGAGGGCUGGGGAGGCCUCUUCUGCGACCAGGACCUCAACUACUGCACCAACCACAAGCCCUGCGCCAACGGAGCCACCUGCACCAACACCGGGCAGGGCAGCUACACCUGCUCCUGCAGACCUGGCUUUGGAGGAACUAACUGUGAGCUGGAGACCAAUGAGUGUGACAGCAACCCCUGCAAGAAUGGAGGAAGCUGCAAUGUGAGUAUACACUAGUUGAAGAUGCAGCUGCAUGAGUCUGAUUUAAUAAAGCCAAAAUCUUUUUCAGAUUAGAAACAAAAAAAAAUUAGUUUUUAUUUAACAGAAUUUAACCAUCUUUCAUUUUACACAGAUUAUCAGUGUUCCAAAGAAAAACACGCUGCAGAGACAGUAUUUUACAGGAAAUAUAAAUCAGUAACCUUCGGGUUGGUUUAGAAUUAGUGUAAUCAUUACGAUUGUCCAGCAGGGGGUGCUCUUACAACACAGUCUCAAUCAGACUUUCUUUGUGUGACACAAAAUAAGGCACCAAGUGAUUUACAUAAACAAAAUAUCAAUAAAAAACAAUCAGAACCCUGAUUUGUGCUCAAGAUUUAGUACAAACACUUGAAGGUACAUUAAAAUGUAAAACUACAACAAGGAAAAUGCGGAUAAAAUAGAAUGAAAGAUAUGAACUGUUAAAAGACAAACCCAAAAGAUGAACCAAAAUAAAUAAAUACAAAACUACUCAAAGGAAUAAAUAGAAAAGGUUAAAUGCUGAAAGGUCAUUCAAAGUAAUGAAGCAGUAUAAAACAAAAACAGGCCCAGUGAAACGGACUCAAUUUGAAAAUAAAUGUACAAAUAAGUAAACAAUUAACCUAAACUGAAUUAAAAUCAGUUAAAAGCUACUCUUAAAAGGAAGGCCCUAAGUUUGCUUUUAAAAAAUAUUGAUACCCUGUGCUGUAUUCUGGUCACCAGACAUUGACUGUAAUAACAUCAAGCUGCCUCACUGUAAAUCUUGGUUUGGACUUCAGGCACUAUAGGAAGACCUUUACCUGAAGAUCUGAGGGUUUUUCCACAGGCUCAUAAAUUUAAAGAACAUCGGUUCAUCACAAAGAGCUUUGGAAACUGACUGAAAAAUCUUCAAAUCAGGUUUAAAAGCUAACACUGACUCUUUCAGCUCGGGGAAAUGUGGGCUCUCUUUCUUGUCCUCAUCAACAGGGUUUUGCUGUAAUUUUUAUUUAAUUUCCCUACCCUGAUACAUGAAAAAAGUACUCUGAGAAGUAGGGAAAGCAGAGUGUAGGAGAGGCCUUUCUCCAAACCAGCUUUAACUUGGAAUUGUACGAGCUGUCUUAGAGAAAAUGUAUCAGCUGUAAAAAUCCCUCAUAGAUCAGUCUCUAGGUCCUGAUCUUUCCUCUCUCACAGCUGACCUUUCCCUCCUCUCUCCUCAGGACCUGGAGAACGACUACUCCUGUACCUGCCCUCAGGGUUUCUAUGGGAAAAACUGUGAGAUAAUCGCUAUGACCUGCGCGGACGGCCCCUGCUUCAACGGUGGCACCUGUGUGGAGACACUGACUGGGGGCUACACCUGCCGCUGUCCACCCAGCUACACCGGCUCCAACUGUGAGAAGAAGCUGGACCGCUGCAGCAACAGGCCCUGUCUGAACGGUGAGUCAGGGGCUCCUCUGCUCUCUGGGGACAUGUUGUGGCUGGCAUGCUGAACAGCAGCUCUUCAGACUGUGCACUUAAGCCAGAGCAGACAGUAGAUUUCACUGCCAACUGUGUAUUUUUUCAGGAUCAAUACUUUAACUGAAGUCAUUUCUGUGUGAGGUGUUGCACUCAACUACAUUUUAAAUAUAGCAUCACUUUAUGAGUCAUGAAAAAAACUGAAAACAUACAAGCUUUGCAUUGACUGCAUGACAGCCAGCUGAUUAGUUGCCUGCACUGCCAAACAUUCAAGUCUAAUUAAUUUCUAUUUAAAACAUCUCAUCUGCACUAAACUGACAGAUCUAAAUAUAAAUCUUAUUUCUAGACAUUUCUGUCCAAACUGUUUUAAUUAGUUCUUGAAAUCUGUAUUAAAUGUUGUGUUUAAAGCUGUAUUUAAUCUAUAGCGUUCAAUGUAGUAUUUUCAUAAAUGUUGUAGUUUGACCCUGAGAUCUGCAAUAGAUUUGGCUCAGUCUCAUGUCUGAAGAUCUAAGCAGUCAUUAUUUGUUGCUUCCUGAUCAGUUUUGAGGUGCUAAAAUGCUCACAGUUUGUGUUUCACACCCUGAAUGUGGGAGGGAAACUGAACAUUGUGUCUGUUUAAUGUCAGCACCCACAAAAGUGAGAAAUUUGAUCACAUUCACACCUUUACCUUUGGCUCCACCAUGUCCUCUCAUGGAAGUUGACCUGAAUUUUCCUCUCCUCUGCAGGUGGCGAGUGCUUGGAUCUAGGUCAGAGUGUUUUGUGUCGCUGCCAGGCCGGCUUCACAGGCGCCAACUGUCAGGUCAACAUUGAUGACUGCGCAUCAAGCCCAUGUCAGAACGCUGGAACCUGCCAGGAUGGCGUGAACGACUACACCUGCUCCUGCACCCUGGGGUACACCGGCAAGAACUGCAGCUUGCGCUCCGAUGCCUGCGGGGCCCGUCCAUGCCAGAAUGGUGGCACCUGCUUCACCCACUUCACCGGCCCUGUGUGUCAGUGUCCCAAAGGCUUCAUGGGUCCCAGCUGUGAGUUCACGCUGCAGCCCAGCUUCAAACCUGCACUGCGCCAAUCCUCCCAGCCGACCUCUGCCACACUCACCGUCUCUUGCGUCCUCUCCAUCCUGGUGCUGGUUCUGGUAGCCGGUAUCAUCUUCCUAAGGAGGAGGAGGAGGCUACAGGGGAGGAAGCAGCUAAGUGAUGUUGCUGUGUAUAAUGAUUUUGAGACGGUGAACAACCUGGGAGGAAGUGAAAGAGACGCUUUCCUCGGUCCAAACGGCCUCUUUAAGAUCAGCAACAGCACGGCUCGCCUCAGCCUCUCGCUGUGCCCCGACGGGCGCUCCGGGUUCAGACACAACCCGGUGGAGAGCAGUCUGGUCCGAGGGGAGCGUCAGGACUUUAUGUGGAGGGACGAGGCUGGCUCUGCAGCAGGACUGAGAUAACAGAGAAAAUUCUGUUGUGAGGUAAAAAGUAGCACUUGAUGCUCAUCUCUUCAUGCACGGUGAAGAAAGGAGCAAAAACCGUGAGCUGAACCCACUCUGCUCAUGCUAAAGAUGAAAAAAAAGAAAAAAACACAAAAAUAUGAACUUUCCUGAUGAAGAUUAUAAACAAAGAUUAUUAAAGUGUAUAUGAGGCAAAGCUCUUCCAUGUAAAAGACCCAAAGAAACAAAAAUAUCAACCACUUUUCAGGACCUACAACACAAACCAAAAACUGGACAGCUCUGACUCUGACUAACUGGAAGAAUUGCCCAAAACUUUGUUUGAUUGUUUUUGAUACGUCCACUUUGUUUGAUUAUUUUUCAUCUUUUGACCAGAAAUUUUGUUUUGCUUUUCAAUCUUCCUUUGGCCAUUAUUUCCUUAUUGUGCGCACCAUCAUUAUUUUAUUCUUUAUAUUAUUUAUUUAUUUGAAAAGCUGUGUUGGAGGCUCCACUUUGAUUGUCACAGAUGUAGAGAUUUAUUUAUAAGAUGCUGAAUGAAGACCGACGUGUGAUGUUUUAUGGUGAAGGCUGUGUGAAAUAUCCCAAAGCGAUUAAGAGAGGGGUAUAAAAGUUAAAGUCAGCCGGUACUGUGAUGGAUAUUUUAAGUUUAUUGACCACUGAUCACACUGCUCUUCAUGUGCCAUUUUGUGUUCAUGCCAAAGUUUGUGUUAUGUUUCAUUGUCAUUUAUUUAAGUUCAUCAUGUUGUGCUUGUGAUGUGGAAUAAAGAUUUGCUUUAAUGAUA